AUGACUAUUCUUGUUGCAUCUCUAGCAUUUCUCCUCCUCCUUUACACCACCACCAUCGCCCGCCCAACGAAAACAGUCUCGACCACCCUUCCCUUGAGCACGAGGCUUCCGUUGGUCAACCUGGGCAGUUUGUCCAGCUCGGAAGCCCAGAUGAGAAGAGAUGCCAUCCGCACGGCCACCUUGGUCAACCAACUCUCGGACGACCCUAAGACCGAGUUAGGGCUUCUCCGAGGUGAGGUAGCCGUGACAAUCGGCAUCGGUACCCCGCCCGUGAAACAAACCCUGGUAUUGGACACAGCUAGCGAUCUCCUGUGGCUGCAGUGCCAGCCAUGCAACAACUGUUUCAGUCAGCCCGACCCGAUGUUUGACCCGACCGGGUCUAGCUCGUUCCACACAGUCCCCUGUGUGGACUCGAGCGAUCCAGACGCCCACUACUGCAACCUACUCGAUUGGAGCCCCCAGGGCUGCGAUGCCAUCGUCCGUGCCUGCACGUUCAAAUACUCGUACGCGGACGGGUCCUACUCAAGAGGAGUCCUAUCCCUCGAGACCCUCACGAUCGGCGACAUGGAGAUCAACAAUGCAAUCGUCGGAUGCGGCAUGUCAAACAGUCUCACGACGAGCGGGGUUGACGGGAUCCUCGGCCUCAGCAUGGGGUCCGUUUCUCUGAUGAGCCAGUCGGCCGAGGUCGUCGGUCAUAUGUUCAGCUACUGCCUAAGCAGCAGUGGCGGAACUAAUGGCGGUGGGUGGCUCGAGUUCGGUCGGUCUGAUUAUCCCUCCGCUGCGGCCGCGUGGGUCCCGCUUGUCACCAACCCAAAGAUUCCAUCAUUUUACUACGUCACGCUCACAGGCAUCGGUGUCAACGGGGAACGGGUGCCGGGAGUGACCGCGGACACAUUCCAGAUAUUGGACGGGGGCGACGGAGGGGCGAUGAUCGACACGGGGACAACAAUCACGAGGCUUCCGGAGGGCGCCUACGUGGCGCUAAGAGACAAAUUCCGGGAGAAGAUGGGGGGCGCGGCACCUUUGAAUUACUCGUUCUUCGACACAUGCUAUCAUCUGAGCGGAUCAGAUACGACACCGACCGUAUCGUUGUACCUGUCGAACGAUCCGAGCCCGAGCAUUACGAGCAAGUGGCCAAUGUUCGAGGUGGAGCAAAGCCUUAAUUGCCUUGCGUUCGCCCCAACACCAUCGGAUUCGAGCCUUACCAUAAUUGGCAACAUUCAGCAACAAGGGACUCGGAUCACCAUCGACCUGGGGAACAAAAAUAUUGGGUUGGGGCCCGAUGUUUGCUGA